CGCAUUGAUUAGUUUUUGUUUUGUCUACUUUUGACAUUACUCGCUUGAAAAUUUACUCAAAAUUUCAGUAGAAAAUGGAUAAAUCAUGGGAUAGCAAAGUUUGCCAGAGCUUCUUCAAAACGAAAAAUGAAAAUUUUUCUUUCUUUGAAUUGGACCCGGUGUUCGAGCAGAGUCUCCGAGACCAGAAAACGUGCGGCCGCAAGCGUAAACCCAAACCGAAGAAAAUCGACAGCGAUGACGUUCAACUAAAACCGUCCUUGAAUACCAGAGUGGAUUUGACGAUGCACAGCUACAGCACCCCUCCUGGAAUUAAGUACGUGGUACCGAAAACAAGAAAACAAAGACUUCUAGACCUCGAAAGGAAAAAGAAGUUAGAAGCCGAUCUCCAUUUUUGCAAAUAUAGCGUUAUGCGCUUGGGCAGUCCUCUCGGCACAACCAAGCUGGAUAUCGCUUUUGAAGCCCCGUCUGCGGAAAUCAAAGAAGCUAAAGUGUUUCCUCGCAAAGCUUCGAUGACUCCGAGCCAGACGUACCCGGAACCACCGGAAAUGACCGAGCUGACGCUGCACGAACCCAAAAGUGGUACCAUCAUCAACAUCACAAAGAAAAAGAAAAAGAAGAAGAAGAGGAAGGUCGUGCGGCGAGUUGUACAACCGGAGAUGCAAGGUCCGACCAUUGAAGAAAUGAUAGCGCAAGAACUGGCGACGAUACAAGAGACAGGAGAAGGAGCGGAACUGUUGGGUGAAGAGGGGCUGAUGCGUUCGUUACAGCCGCCGCCUGACAGCUACUUGACGAAGAUAUUUAAGAAAAAAGUGUCGCAGUUGUCUAAGAGUACCUCGUUCAAGAGCAGGGAUUACAAAGGGGAGGAAGAAGGCGACGAAAAAGUGGAAAAAGAAGAUCGUUUUAUCAGUACUUUGGUGCAAAAGUUUCGACGAGACUCGGAAAUCCACCGUUACCAGAAACCGAAACGAAAGAUCAGGAGUGGUACCUUUGAGAAUUUUUCUUUUACGAAACUGAAGCAGCCGACUUUGAAGACGUUCUACUAUGGGGUGAAGUUGGGUACCGUGCAUCAAGGGAAUCCCCACUUUCCGGCUGUAAGUCGCAAUAAACAAGGGAUGUGUAUACCGAUAGCGGCGUACUGCUUUUCGAUGCUUAAACACCCGGAUCGAUGGACUCAAGCUGACAUUGAUGACGUACUGAUAGCCGGGAACGACUUGUUCAUGGAAAGUGCUAGUACCAAGCACUUGCAUGGUGAAGAGGUGGUACUAAAAGUGUCGGAUUUGCGAAAGUACUGCAAACUCGGGAAGCGGAAGGUCCGCUUUGUGGUGAGCGAGCCCGAAAUAUCGGGGAUGAUCCGCUCCGACGAUAAAAAAAUCUACAACUUGACCAAAGCUCUUAAUAUAUACUUCGGGCGGUACGCCGCUGGGAUUCUCGAGACUGAGCACCUCACCGUCGCGAUCUGGAAAGACAAACACUUUUAUUUCUUCGAUCCCGGUCCGAGGACCAUCGAUUUGUACACCCACCCCAAUGGGACUGCUCUCAUGGCCAAUUUCUACGACACCACGUCCAUCAUCACGGUCCUCUUGAACCGAUCGAACCUCGAGAAUCAGCCCUUCACCAUCUACUCCAUUCAAGCGUUUCGGGUGCUUUUGCGCGACGCCGAAGAAGUCGAUUCCACCGGAGUGAUCCCCGAAGCCGACAACUUCCAAGUCCUCAACGAAGAGAAAGCGGUAGUUCUAGGUUCGUUUGAUUUAGCAGAUAAAUGUUUCGGUUUUUCUCGAAAUAAACAAGCCGUAACUAUCGCCGUGGUGGCUCUGGUAUACUCAAAGAUCACGCCUCCAAGCAGCUGGCACAAGGGGACUGUCGACAAAAUCGUGAUCAUCGGAAAUCAGCUGUUCCUCGAGUGCAUCGAGAACGACACAAUCGACGAAGUCAAAAUUGAAGACCUACCGGCGGUCUUCACCAUCGGGCCGUACGUCAUCGAAGUAUACAUAGCCCCGAAUCGUUCCGUCAACUUCAUGUUCAAAAAAAGCCAAUGCAAGCUGAGCAUCGACUUGGAGAAGUUCUUCGAGACUAACUCCAACGCGAUUGUUCAAAUCGACGACUCGACUUUGGCUGUGUGGAAGCAGAGGAAUAUCUACCACUGCGUGGACCCGUACUCGAGGAACAGCGAAGGGUACAAGUGUCGCAACGGUACUGCGUGUAUUUCCAUGCACACGACUCUGGAUUCGUUGAUGGAGAUGAUCACCAAGAACUGGGACCAAAAAGAGAUGAUCUUCCACAUUCAUGCUUUGAAAGUUUGUAAGAUACACAGAGACCCGAAUUUGAACGAGUUAUUUCCGAGGUGUCUCACUAUGCAAGAGUACCCAAUCGAGAACUUCAAAAAGCACAAAAUGCGAAGAGGGAAAAGGAAAGCUGUCAAGAAAACGGUGACAGUGGAUUAUGAAACGCGAGCCGCUCUUCUGGAAGGACUUCCCGACGAGAGUAUCUUGGAAGUGGGGUCUACAGUUAGAAGCAUCGGGCCUGAUGAUCUACCAAGGAUGGUACAUCGCGUGUCGUCUAGACCUCUUCCUCCACUGACAACCCCAGAUGCAGAAUACGUAGCCGAUUUGGACUCCCCUAGUUUAUCCGAUACUCAGAUCGAGCCCGAACCUCCUGAAGAAACCGAAAUCGCUAUCGCUUUCAUGGACUUGGACAGUUUCGACCUCACCGCGGAAGAAAAAGAAAUGGUCAAACGUGGCGAAGGAGGCGAAGGCGGCGAAGGUGGCAAAGGUGGCAAGGGCAAGUACUUCGGCGAAGGCGAGCUAGCCGAAGGAGCCAAAGGAGAAGGCGAAGGUUCGGACGAGUGGUACAUGGCCGCGACCGAGUACACCCAAGUCGGUUCCCAAUCCUUCUUGAGUCGCAUCUCAGCCGAAAUCGGUACCGACGACUUCACCGUGGAAAUACCCGACGAGGAAGUCCCGGUGAUUAGCAGAGACAUCCAAACUCUCACUAGACGAAGAAAAGCGGAGAUGAAAGGAGCGGCGUACGACUUCGACUUGACUCCAGAGCUCGAGAUUACCUUGUCGGAAGAGUUGGAAAAAGAAACAAACUUCGUGGAUUUACCCGACGGGAGUCAGAUCAUCCUGGGUGCUACCAACAUGGCGGGGUUCGGUAAAGAGUUGGAGUUUAUGGCACCGUUUGUGUGCAUCAUGGCGGGAGCGGUAGCUAGGAAGUAUGCGGUGGAUUCGUGGUCCAAAGACGUGGUGGACUACGUUCUCAAAUGUGGAGCGGAGCUCCACGCCAACUCCAAUACGCGCUACGACCAAAACUACAAACUAGAAAUCCCUAGGAUCAGUCUAGGGAAAACGGACUUCAGCAUUCGGGUUAAUUACAUCUUCGAUACUAUUAUUAAACCCAGAAUUUUGGCUAUGGCCAUUGGGACUAUCCUGUUCCCGCAAUGGCAAGCCGGGAUUUUGGUGACGCCGACGUACUCUUGUGCUUUGUUUUACAAGAACCACUUGUACUACCUUUAUGAUGGGUUCGGGAACAACGAGGUGGGUUUAGGGAAGGGUACUUCGAACGAAGGAGUCGCUUGUUUGAUUAGGUUCCAAGACAUCCAGAUGCUAGUGGCCCGGAUUUUACACAACAAAGCCAAAAGAGAAGCUGAGGAGAAUGUAGAGUACAACCGAUUCGUUUUGAGUUCUUGUCACGUGAGACUGCUACCGAGGGAACCCGAAGAGGAAAAGAAGGAGGAAGAGGAGGAAGAAGAAGAGGCUGGAGAGGGAGAAGGCGGCGACGAACCAGUAGAGUACCAAACCUUCAAGAAACCGAAAGAAGAAGAACCAAAGCCACCACCUAAAAUGGGGUACCGUCUAGUCGGUAAACUAUGUAAAAUACAAGGCACUAAAGCCGUCGGUGGUGAGAAAGAAGUCUCCGAUGGCCUAAAAGAAGACUACUUCGUCUGUAUCUGCGCUUGCUUGAUGCUCCUCAACAACCCAAUCAAGAAAUGGGACGACAGAAAAAUCGACGAAGUCGUUGACGAAGGACUCCACAUUUACAGCCACGUCGACGAUUUCCGAGUUUGCUCGAAAAAGUUCAUCACGAACGUGUUAAUCGACGACUACUUGUUCGACAUCGUGGUGUACAGAAUGAACUUCGCAACGUUCGACUCAAGACAUAGUCUUAGAGCAGCAAUCGAAACCUUGUUGAUCAAGAAACACGAACACUUCAUCUUGCAGUUCGCGAACCGCUCCUACGCCCUAAGCAUCGAAGACGACAUCUACCAUUUGUUCGACCCUAGCGACAAAGGGAAGGCGUCCUGGACCAGAUACACCAACUUCCGCAAAUUCGUCCGGAGACUGAAAAAGGGUCUAGUGAAAGGGUCGGGAAGCUACAACUUCCACUGUUUCGACAUCAUGUCCAUCACCAAAGCGCCCAAGCACGUCAUCAUCAGCAACCGCGCCAAGAAAUACCGAAUCCCGAAAGGACGAAAGGGCGAGUUGAUUUGUAAACCGUUCUUCGAGGAGGUGUGCUGGUUGGACGUGGACCCCAUUCCGUGGUCGUGGAGGGUGAACAAGACGGACCAUCCGCGUUGGAACAACUGGUUCAUCGAUUUCCCAGACGACCUGUUUUCGUUGUUCGGGACGUUGGCUCCCGCGGGAGACCAAGCCCACAGGAAGCAAACCAUCGGGACUCUCGUGGUGGCGAUAGGGAUGACCCAGAUCUACGACUUCGUGGACUGGAACGUCAACGUCAUGGACUCCAUCGUGGUGAACGGCGACGUCUUCUUCACAGAGUGCAUCAAGGACAUCAGCGACGAGAACUACGAAGUGGCUUUUGAAGACAUCAAGAAGAAGUGCACGGUGUUCCCGUAUAGCUUCCAGGUGGAGUUUGCCCCGGUGGUGGAAGGAACCAUGUUCUUGGUGCGGCUGAAGCAGUUCAACCUCUAUAAAGCCUUGAGGCUGUUCUUCGACGACUACGUCAAGCGGUUUGGGGUGAUCUGCGUGACCAAGAGGGACUCGGACAAGAGGGUCUACGCUUUCGGGAAGACCAACGAGUCGGAGUACUUUUUCUACGACUGUGAGACUCUGGGGCCGCCGAUGUACCUGGAGAAGGACUCAGGGGUGCCGUAUGUGUUGAGGACGACGACUAUGAAUAGGUUGUUGCAUGUGAUGACGCUGGCUUUGAGAGGGGGCGAUUUUUACAUUUUCGAGGUGUUGUUGUCGGAGCUGAAACCUGUGGAGUGAUUUAUCCAUUUUUGUGUGAUUGUUUUUGGAAAUAAAUUGUCGGCGGUUUGUAUUGCAAAUGGUUUUGUUUUCAGUUUUGGGUUCAGAGUUGCCCCGGCGCAUCCACCAAAAUUUAAACACAAAAAUAAAAUAAAUAUAUACGUGUCUGGACUGGACUCAAUUAAAUAAGCAGAUGAAUCCGAUAGAUUUUCGGAUGCUAAUUACAGAAAAAAUUGUUAAAAAAUUCCAUCACGUUCAGCUUU